AUGGUAAAAUUCACUGGUCGAAAUUCUAACAAACAAUAUAUGCCGAAAACCCCGAUAAAGAGGGGAUUUAAAAUUUGGUGUUUAGUUGACAAACAAGGUUAUUUAUGGAACUUUGAAAUUUAUACGGGAAAAGUUGGUGAAAAAGCUGAAAAACAAUUAAGUGCUCGUGUAGUAAAACAACUAUCUCAACCUUUACAAAAAAGAAAUCAUUGUUUAUUCUUUGACAACUAUUUUACCAGCUACCCUCUAAUGACAUAUCUAAAAUCAAAAAAUAUAAAUGCAUGUGGAACAGUCAAUCCUACAAGAAAAUUUUUACCAGCAUUGAAAAACGAUAAACAUUUAACAUUAGGAGAAUAUGAUUGGUCUAUAGAUGAAAAAUCUACAUCAAUUGUUAAGUGGCGUGACAAAAGAAUAAUGAGUUUGUUGUCAAUUUUUCCCAACGGAAACUACGCAAGUUCAAAGACGAUGUAA